AUGUCUCUCCCCCCAACCAUCCACGUCUCCUCCCACCCCUGCCUCCUUGCCAAGCUCUCCCAGCUACGCUCGCACUCUACUUCCCCGCGCGAGACGCGGGCCCUACUUCACGAGAUCGCAUCGAUCUUGGGCGUCGAGGCUUUUGCAAGCGCCCUCAAGCCAGCGCGCACAGGGACGGACAAAACCCCGCUAGGUGCCGAGUAUGAAACGCAGGGCAUCGAGCCUGCUGAUCUGGCACUCGUGCCGAUUCUGCGCUCGGGACUGGGCAUGGUUGAUGCAAUCAACGCCCUCCUCCCGACAGCAGUCCCAAUCUACCACCUCGGCCUCUUCCGCGAGAAAGUAACCCUCCAACCCGUGGAAUACUACAACAACCUGCCCUUCCACCGCAGUGAACUCUCCCCGCAGUCGCCGGCAUCGCUCGACCAAACGGCCAACACGGCAGCCGCGUCGCUAGCCGUCCUUCUGGACCCCAUCGUCGCGACGGGGGCAACGGCCGAAGCAGCGAUCCAGAUGCUGCGCGACUGGGGCGUGCAGCGGGUUCUGCUUUUGAGCGUGCUGGGCUCGGCGCAAGGAUUGCAUCGUGUGGCGGGUGUUUGGCCGGAGGGCGUGGAGAUUUGGGUUGGGGCAGUGGAUGAGGGAUGUAAUGAGAAGGGGAUGAUUGUGCCUGGGUUAGGGGAUAUUGGGGAUCGGCUGUUUGUUGCUAUUGGGAAGUGA